AGCAACGGGAUUCGACGUACGCGUACGCGUCCAAGCAAUUACUACGUAGCGAGUAGUUUUGCGCUUCGUGUUAAUACAGCGUUCUUUAAAUCUUCAAAAUAAUUUUCCAAAAAACUAAUUCAAAUAAAGUGGUUUUGUACAUUAAAGUGGUGAAUUAAGAUAUGUUUUAAAAAAAGAAAAAGAGUAAUUAAGGAAAGCACCACAUAUUUGCGGUUAUGUGACUCAUAUUGAAUGCCAACGCGUGUCUCUCUCGCUCUUUAACCGCGCAGUGUGUCGUUCCAGUAAUCGCGUUCCAACAUUGACAUCGAACUUUUUGUCUAAAAAUUUCUACAUACAAUUUCUCACAGUGUACGCGCUAUGAGCAUGCAAGUUUUACGCAUUUUUCUUGUUAAUAUUUGCAACGAAUUUUCGUGGUUACACGUGUAGCGCACGAUCGUGUUGCUGCAGUAGCAUCACCUUCAAUUAACCUCUCGAUUUUCAGUUGGAUUUUUGGCGCUUCACUGCUCGUCGUCGCCGCCUGCUGCUGUCUGAAUUACUGUUUGGAUAUCUGUUUUUGUUUUUCAAUUAGAUAUUGAAGAAUCCACUUUAUUUGACUUUUUCGCGUUCUUUUCUUCUCGCACAACACGCUUAUUCGCCACACACGUUCUCAGUGUGGUGAAUAUCGUUUAUGACCGCUUAAUAUUUGUAUAAUGCAAAUUUCGGAAAAUUUGCUGAGAGUAAUUUUCAUGCUGUCAACAAUCGUCGCAGUGACGGAUUGUUGUUCGAGCCGAUUAUUACUGCUCAAGGAACACACACUGCAGAUCGUACAACAACAGCGUUUGCAUCAUUCGCAAAGCGAUGAUUACGAUUACGAACACGAAGAUUACGAGCAGUUGCAACAGCAGCAAUAUGAACAACAACAGCAGCAACAACAAAAGUUACCACACUAUGUGGAAUUAGCCAAAAGCGAUAUUGACUAUAUAAAAAACUACACAAAUGAGCACACGCGCUCGAAGAACAAGGAUGGACAUGAGGAGAAUAGCACCGAAGCGGAUAUAUUCGGUGCUGCAAUGCAGUUGGGGAACUUCGAUAGUGAUUCAUUUGAAAGUUUGCUUGGGAUAUUUGAUGCAGCAGCUUUCGACACAACAACAACAACUACAACAGAAAUGAGUACAACAAGCUUAAGCAGUGCCAUCCCACACUCAACCACAACGGCGGCGACUACGAUCGCCCUGCAAAGCACACGCGCUGAGAGUGCGAUCAGUACAACUCAAAGAGCGCGAACUUCUGCCGUCGUGGAUGAGCAACAGAAUGUAGAGGUGAGCUCCACAACAAUACCGAUCCCUGCAUCCACGACAAUCGCCAGUAGCGUUGGUGAUGGUAUGGAGAAUGUUAUGAACGACUUGAAGACCGUGCGCGAUCUUUUGUCACUUCCCUGCAGCGGUCAGUUCAAUACCGAGUUCUGCUUGAACCGUGGGCGCUGCUUUCGUUAUCCCAUCGGCAAUGAUACGAUACAUUCGUGUAUUUGCGCUGAUGGCUACAUCGGUGAACGUUGCGAAUCGAAGAGUAUGAACGGUUCCUUCAUCCCCUCCAUUGCUGGCGCUGGCAAGAAGCAGAAAAUACUUAUGGCGCGCAUCGUCUUCUCCUUCCCCAUGCUGGUGGCGCUCUCUGUCAUAUAUAUAAUGGUUGGCGCAGCGAUCGUUUUCAAGCGCCCCAUCCCGCCGCCUCACAACACGAAAGAACGUAUCGAGCUUUUGCCUGAUGACGACGCUGGUGAGCUUAUUCUGUUGAAUUCGUAUCCAGUCGUCGACCAGACAGUUACUUACGCAAGCUUUAUGGACUAGUGCAAAGUUAUUUGCAGACAAAUUUCAAAUUCAACAUUUUUCUCUCGAAAGAAAGUACUUAAAUUAUUUGUAUAUAUUAUGCUUAGUGCUUUUUAAAUGCAACGCAGUAGUUUUGUAGCGCUUUUUCAACACUUUCUUUCACGCACACAUACUUAGUUAUUGUAUAUAAUUAUGCUUAAAGUAAAUAAUAUAUUUUAGCUUUAUUACCUUAGUAAUUUAUUCACGCUUCAACUUUCCGCUCGUGUGAAAGUUAUUGUUUUCUCUUUUUUCCAAUUCUUGGUGAGCUUUAAAGCUUACCACACAUACAUAUACUAGUAUGGUAGUGCUUUUUAAUAGCUUUAAUUUAUUAUAGUUUGGGGAAAGCGCGCAUUCCCAUUUAAGUUUUGUUUUUGCCAAAUUUGGUUAAAAUACCGUUAUGCAUAUAUUUUUUUUUGUAUUCUAAGCAUACUUCACUGAAGCUUCAGUAGAAAUUUGUAGUAUUUUCUUAAAAAUAUCAAAUAUAUUUAUACAUUGCUAUGUACUAAUAAUAAUUUUCACUUUUUCACUGCAUUUUGCAGUAUAUUU